AUGGCAUGGACAAGUGAGAUGGACCGCUGUCUUAGUGACAUACUUGUUGAGCAAGUGAAAAAAGGAAACAGGAUAGAUGGCACUUUUAAAGCUGCAGCAUACAGAGCAGCACUUACAGCCCUAAAUGAAAAUUUUGGGCUUGAUCUGACAAAAGGACACAUUCAAAAUCGGCUAAAAACAUGGAAGAAGCAGUUUGGGAUUCUAAAGGAGCUCCUUCCUCAUAAAGGAUUUAGGUGGGAUGAAACACAAAAGAUGGUUAUUGCAGAUAAUUCUGUAUGGAAUGACUAUAUCAAGACUCACCCUGAUGCCAGGAUUUUCCGCAAUAGACAUAUUCAGAACUACGAUCAAUUGUACAUCAUCUUUGGCGAUUAUAAUGAGCCCGCGGCGGCUGUUGAUGUCUCUUCUAUUCAAUGUGGUGUUAUGGCAAAAGAUCAAGGUAGGCACAUGAGCUGGACAAAUGAAAUGGACAGCUGCCUUGCCAAAGUACUUGUGGAGCAAAUGAAAAUUGGAAACAAGAAUAAAUUAGAUAAAAAAUUCAAACCAGCUGCAUUUGAAGUAGCUGUUUUGGCUAUAAAGGAAAAUUUUCACCUUGAUUUGACGAAGGACCACGUUAAGAAUCGUCUCAAAACAUGGAAGAAACAGUAUGAUAUUUUGCAAGAACUCUUGGACCAGAACGGUCUUGAGUGGAAUGAGGGACGAAGGAUAGUGAUUGUAAAUGAUAUAUUGCAUGGAAUGAAUAUAUCAAGAGACACCGGCCCAGAUGCAAAGCAAUUAAGAGCCAGGUCUAUUGAGAAUUACGAUGAGUUGCGAAUGAUCGUAGGCAAUGAGCCAUCAGAUGGACAUUUAAAAACGUGCAAACUUGAUGUCAGUCCUGCUUUGGAUGAUAAAGAGGGCGACCGAUGUUUGCUAAUGAAGAAAUGA